CACACGUGAAACAGUUUCGUAGGACAGAAAUUUCGGAUUUUGGGGCCAAAGUAAAAAAUGCCAAUCGACCAGAAGCGCAUCAAUGGACCGGAAGGGUCGCUGCCAUACCAGAUCUUCGGCAGUACGCGUGAUAAAGCGUUCCAGGUCCGACUGGAGGAUGUUCUGGACCCGACCACCGGCAACCGAAAGUGCAACCGUCAAGACACCGAAUCCCGGAAGUAUUUUAUGAAGCUGGGAGUGGUCUCGACGGCCAAGGGGUCCGCCUACCUGGAACUGGGCAACACCAAGGUCAUCGUUUCGGUGUUUGACCCGCGGGAAAUUCCCAAGCAGAACACGUUCCGGGAGUUGGGCGAGCUGUACUGCGACCUGAAGUUUUCCCCGUUUGCCUGUGUCCACCGGAAGAACCCGCAGACGGACGCCGAGGAGCGGUCACUUGCGGCGGCCAUGACGAAAGCCCUGCAGCCGGUUGUGUGUCGGCAUCUCUUUCCCAACUUCCAGAUUGACAUCUUUGCAAACGUGCUCGAGGAUGACGGAUCGGUGCUGGGAGCGGUCAUAACUGCGGCCGGACUUGCGUUGAGCGACGCGACCAUUUCGAUGUUCGACAUCGUGACGGCCACGACGGUGGCCGUGUACGGGGACCGGAUCUAUCUGGAUCCGACGCUCGCGGAGGAGAGACUCUGCCUGGAAGGUAGUCGGAGCGGGAACCACGGCGUCAUUACGCUGGCCAAGCUGCACACCCUGGACCAGACGUCGGAGAUUCGGCUUGCGGGGAACGUUUCGUUGGAUCUGCUGAAGAACGCUUGCCAGCGAUUGAACGAGGCCAACAACGACGUGGCGCCGGUUGUCCAGCAAAUGCUAGUCAGCAAGGUUCAAAAGCACAUGAGCGAAAUCGAGGCGGAAGAGGUGGACGACGAAGAACCAGAGGACAAGGAAGAUCUGGAGACUUCCGGUGUCAUCAACGAAUAAAAAGAAUCAAAAUUACUUCAAA